UGGAGAUCUGGACAGAGAGGAAGUGCUUCCAUCCUUCUUCUUGGAGAAGCUUUGCGUGCUAUGUUUCUAUCCAUCGAAGAAUAUUAUUCAUCUUGGAUACCGUCUAUUUUCUACAGCGUCCGUAUCAGAUCUACAGGUUAAAUAUGACUGAAUCUUGUGUGUACGCAAUGUUCCACUUCACACCAGUAUAGUAUGUUAAAAUAAAGAAAGCAUUCUGGUAGCUGUAACUACCGCCAAAAGUUAAAGUUGAGUCUGAAGUAAUAAAAACAAAUCAGGUACAUGGAGGACCGUUACUUCAAAGGUUACCUACGAGAUCCUGCUCGUUGUCAACUGUUACUGCAAGGACGUUUCGCUGGGUUUGUCAUGGCUGUUCCAUUCGUUCUAUGCUUCUCUCUGUUUGGAAUUUUCAAUCUCGUGGGAGGAACAGUGCUUACCAUCAUGUCCUGCAAGCCAAAAAUUUCCCCAAAAGGAAUGAUUUUUCUCCAAAAACUGUUCCAGAACACCAAAUUAGACUUUCAAAACCAGCUGGACCCGAUGCAGGUAGUUGGCAUCAUUCUUCUUCUCACGGGAUCCCUUCUAGUAGUUGUAGGAGUGACGCUGGGAAUAGUGGCUUGCAAGUCUGUUGAUGAGCGACACAGAAGACGCUGCAAAAGCACGAUGUCGUCAUCAGGAUUUCCGUUUUCAAGUACUACAGAACGAAGUAGUAGACGAGCAUCAUCGAUCACAUCCAGCGCUUUUCCAAAUAUCCGAGCCAUCAAGGGUGAUCGCAAGAGAUCUCACACAGAAACGAUAUCUCCCAUAAUGGAAGUCAAUAGCGAGGAAGAAAAUGUAGACAAUGAAGAAUACGGUGCUGGGCGCAGUUUUCUACACUCUAGAACCGAGCUACAUGACAUAUCCCCCACUCUAUCUACUCAAGAAAUUUGUAUAUCGCCAAAACAGACGCAUGUGCAGCGAUGGGAAACUAAAACAGGCUGUACUUCGGUACAGAUUGUUGCUGAAGUCCAGCAUAUACACCCAAAUGAAACUUUAAUGACUUCAAGAACUGAAAAAAGCUAAGAAACAACUUAAUUGUUAUUCAUUAUACUUUCCACUCAAUGGAGAAAUCAUAAAAAGAUGAAAACAAUUGAUAAUCAAAAUCCCUACUUCGGGGAAGAACAGUUCAUACUUUUACACCAACCCAUCUUUUUCCUUUCAACUGAAAUUAUAGAUCUGCAUACGUAUUGCAUGAUUCUUUUCCGAAACAUCUUGACUAGUUUUGGAAUCAAUUGACUCUGUUUUAGUAUUAAAGUUGUCUUGUGAUCUUGAGAAACUAAAUCUCUAUUUUUUUAAUACUUGAGAAGUAAGAUUUGUGUGUCUGAAGAACUGAUAAUGACUGACUCUUUGUAUUUUGAAUGGAAGAAAAAUCCAUUGAUAUAUAUCAAAAAACAUUCACCAACACUUGUAAAACUUUGAUAAUAAAAAUAAAGGUAUUAUUUAAAAAUA